AAACUAACUGCGUAUAGUUUUGUUUUUUGUGUUUUGUAUGCUUGCUUGGAUUUUCAAGGUGGUUUGUCGAUAGAAAUUUUGCUGGAAAAAGCUUAAAACUGUUGUAGCGAUUAGGCGUCUAUUGAAAAGAGUAUAUAAACGCUGCUAAAGCGACGGGCAAAGUCUGAAGAACUAUUUUUUGAAAGAAAGAAAGAAAAUGUCGGCUCCGGUUGGAUAUGGCACUUUACUGGAGUGUCCGUACAAUAAAGCGCACAGAGUGCAGGCUACGGCAAUGGCCAGGCACCUCUUCAAGUGUCGUAAAAUGUACCCAGACACAAAGUUUGUAAUUUGUCCGUUCAAUCAUGCACACAGAAUAGCGGAACCCGAGCUGAAGAUGCACACCGCAACUUGCGAAGAUAGAGCUAACUUUGAUAUGUACAAGUAUUGUAUUACGACGGCUGCGGCCACACACGGUACGACCGAAGCGCAGGAACCGGAAUUGAUAUAUAAUAAUGAAGAUCCGAUUGCGCCGAAAAAAGUGCAUGACGAUGAUGACGAAUGCUGGGACGAUCUGCGCAUUCCGGCGUACAAUCCACAGGAGUACUGUGCCAACGCUAAAAUCAUUCGUAAGGCUACACUGAAAACACCUGCGGAAAAAAGAAAAUUCUACGAAGAAGAAACCCAGCGGCACAGACAACUAGACACAAAAAUAAAGCGAGAAAAAGGGGAAGAUGACGAUAGUAGCAGCUCGAGAUCGCGCUCACCAAUCAGACGUCGCUCGCCAGUUCGAUCCCGUCGCCGGUCCCGGUCACGGUCACGCUCGCCUGCCGUUUCGUCAUUCAGACGCUACAGGAAACGUUCCCGAUCUAGAUCACGUUCAAAUUCGCCACUGUCGGUACGCUCUCGCCGCACACGUUCCAAUUCCAGAAAAUCUCGUUCCCCAUCUUCACUGCGUGACCGCAAAAGGAAACGGUCUCGAUCCCGGUCGGUCGAACGUCCCGCACCUAGACGGCGUUCGCCGACCCCGGAAUACAGCAGGCGCGACCGCGAACGUUUGGCCUCCGAUCGGUACGAGCGAGAACGUAGCUCGCGGCCGUACGACUAUUACGAUUAUCCGGCGUCAUCUUCUUCACGGUACGACAGCUACGCUCGCUAUUCAUCGUACGAUCGCUAUUCUGCGCGAUCCAGCGGUCACCGCGAGCGGUAUUCCAGUAAUGACCAUGACGAUGAAUACAUCUAUCGUCGUGAUUUCCGGGAUUAAUUAGGUUUAUCUUUUUUUUUUUUUUAAUUUUGAAUUAUAUUAUGAAAAUAAGAAUUUACUUUUUACUUAUAUUUGUAAAAUUAUUUACCUCUCACUUACAAACAUUACGCUGAAUGGUGAAUUUCAUGUAAUCUAACCUGUACGAAAUCGAAAGUUCGUUCAAUAAAAAUAUUCACUACG